CCAUAUUCCCGAUUUCCGAGGAAAAAAAGAAGAGAGAAUUGGGAAAAAAAACAUUUAAAAACAUUUUCCCGAUUUCUCAGUGGCUUAGCUCUCACUUCCAGCUCUCUGUUUGAAAGAAAAAAAAAAAAAAAAAAAAGCUUAUUUUUUUCUGAAAAAUGGGUGUCAAAGAUAUGGACCCGCUUUCGCAGCUGAGUUUGCCGCCGGGUUUCCGGUUUUACCCGACAGACGAGGAGCUUUUGGUGCAGUACUUGUGUAGAAAGGUGGCUGGGCAUGACUUUUCUCUGCAGAUCAUCGGAGACAUCGACUUGUACAAGUUUGAUCCGUGGGAUCUUCCUAGCAGGGCGAAUUUCGGGGAAAAAGAAUGGUAUUUUUUCAGCCCACGAGAUCGGAAAUAUCCGAAUGGGUCGAGGCCGAAUAGAGUCGCCGGUUCCGGCUACUGGAAAGCCACCGGAACCGACAAGAUAAUAACCACCCAAGGACGGAAAGUUGGGAUCAAGAAAGCCCUUGUUUUUUACGUGGGUAAAGCACCCAAAGGAACAAAGACUAAUUGGAUUAUGCAUGAAUAUAGGCUUUCUGAAGCACCCAGGAAAACCGGAAGUGCAAGGCUUGAUGAAUGGGUGCUAUGUCGGAUUUACAAGAAGAAUUCUUCAAGUGCGGCGGCGGCGGCUCAGAAGCCGGUUUCUGGUGUUCAGAGCAAAGAUUACAGCCACGGCUCCUCGUCGUCGUCUUCAUCUCAGUUCGACGACAUGCUGGAAUCUUUCCCGGAAAUUAACGAUCAAUACUUUACCUUACCCAGAAUCAACUCGUUAAAGAAUCUUAAUCUUCAACAAGACGACAAGUCAAGUAUCCAACGUUUGAGCUCCGGGAGUUUUGACUGGGCCACCUUAGCCUCCAUACCUGAAUUGGGGCCGGGUAAUCAAAUUCCCCAAUCGGGUCAUCUGAACCACGCCAACCCGGCCGAUAUUUAUGGCCAUUCAAUGGCGGCAUUGAGUUUUCCCGUAGACGAUGAAGCGCAGAGCGGAAUGAGGAGUAGUCAGCGGGUUGAGAAUAAUUCGGGUAUCUACCAGCCGCAAAACCCGAACCCGUUCACACACAACUUCUCGAAUUUACUUGACCCGUUUGGAAUCCGAUACCCCAACCAACCGGGUAGCUUAGCGUUCAGGCAGUAACAAAAUAUUAGGGUUAAAUUUAGAAAUCCAGAAGAUUCAGGGGCAUGUGACUCCAAUUUAUUCUCUUCGCCUAAAUAUGUUUGUUCAUUUCACUUACUUGCCCCGAAAGAUUGUUCAUUUCACUUA